CCCUACAGCUUCCGCUGCCACUUGGCGGUGCUUCCGCCCCUUGCCUCACCUUAUCUCCUUCGAACUGCUUAACCCAGGGCAGCUCGCCGAGCUCCGAGCCCUCCUCCACUCAUUGUCCUCGUCUUCCUCGAGCCGAUUUGCCACUUUGGCGUUCCAAACUGGUUGUCUGAGCUCGUCUCUGUUCGUGCCAAUCCAACCUGCACGGUCAGGUACAAGUACCUACGUCUAUGCUGAUAUCGGCUCCUGCGCCUCGGAGCUUCCGCUUUGACGACGCCCGCUGCCCCGCACCGUCGCCAGCCUCCGUCACCAUCCACCCGACUGCGUGCUGUUGGCGUAUUCCAGCCGAUACUCGUCCAGACACAUAUAUCACUGAGAAACCGAUUAUCAGUCAAACACAAGAGCAGCUUCCCUGUUCCGGGAAGAACGAUAACUCAUUGAGGAGCUAACACCAUGGGUCUUGCCUACAACACCUACCUCAAUAGCAGCCGCAUCUACGGCUGCAAAGCCUGCAAGUCCCACCUCGCCAACCAUGAAGACAUCAUCAGCCGUAACUUUCGCGGCCAGCACGGCAAAGCCUACCUCUUUAACAACGUGGUCAACGUCGAGGCGGGCGAGCCGAUGGAGCGCAACAUGACGACGGGAAGGCACGUAGUGCGCGACAUCACCUGCCGCGUGUGCAACGAGGUGGUUGGGUGGAAGUACGACAAGGCCUACGAGUCGACUGAGAAGUACAAGGAAGGCAAGUUCAUUCUCGAGGCCGAGCUUCUCUGCACGGUUAGUUAAGCGGGUGGCGACGCGGAUCGGUCGGAGAGGAGAGAGGAACGAAUGUAUGCAUUGAUGGUGUUAGGAGUAGCUGGUGGAUUUUAGCAAGACCGACAGCACACGAGAGGGGAUAUCUGCCGGUCGGUUCUUUUUCUUUAUAUACACGGAUCGGGAGCAUGGAACAGAUCGGGGAUAGGACCACUUCGCGGGUCUUGGCGUUUUGGUUUCCCACGACGACCUGGCUUCGCAUUGGGUUAUGGACAGGCAUGACAUUUUGUAGAGGCAGAGGAGAUGACAUGAUCUCAAGACAGCCCCAGCAGGGCACAACUUGACUAGGCCUUCUUGUUUCCGUACAUCAAGCUCUUCCAAUGCGAGAUGAUGCUCUUGAAGCCAAUGAU